AUGUAUUCAUUGAAAUCAAAUUUCAGGUUCCCAGGGCAGUGGCUUGCAACCUUAGCCAAUGAAAUCUUGAUCAAAGACUCGGAGUCGACAUCCGAAGAGAAGAAGGCCAAUCCUUGGACCAAAACAGGACCAGAAAACAACUUAAAACGGCCGCCUAGGAUGGGGAUGCCUGCUCAGCUUCCUUCUGGUGCUGAUCUUCCAUCAUUGACAGAAUGCAGUGAUAGCGAAUCUCAAUUCAGAAUAGUAAAACUUCCAUGCAACCCGAAACAUCAGGGAAUCCAAAUUCCAACAGAAAGAAGUGAGGAGAUUCACAGUCCAGUGCAGUCUCCUGGUCGUCGUCCAGCAUCAUCACAUAUGAGUCGAACUCCCAGUGGUAGUCAACUAAGGAAAAUGUUGUUCACAGAAUCUAAGAUAGGCCGGUCAAGCUUCCGAAAGCUUCUAGAGCCAAGCCUAUCAGAUAAACCAGGAAUUACGCCAUACAGGAUUGUCCUUGGUAAUGUGAAAGAAAAGAUGAUGAAGACACGAAGACGGCUUGAGCAUCUUCUUGAGGAUCUACCAUGUGACUCUGAUCCUGCAGAAUAUUAUGAAACACCGGAUCAACUUUUAGAGCCGUUGCUCUUGUGCUACGACUCACUGCAAUCAUGUGGAUCUAGCAUUCUUGCCGAUGGCCGGCUGGCCGAUCUGAUACGGAGGGUUGCAACCUUUGGUAUGGUGCUAAUGAAGCUCGAUGUCCGCCAGGAAUCGGGCCGGCACACAGAAGCGCUUGAUGCCAUUACGUCUUACUUGGAUCUUGGCGUUUAUAGUGAGUGGGAUGAGGAAAAGAAGCUGGAUUUCUUGACUAGGGAGCUGAAAGGGAAGCGCCCUCUAGUUCCCCCAUACAUAGUGGUUAAUGCUGAUGUGAAAGAAGUUCUCGACACCUUCCGCGUUGCUGCAGAACUCGGGAGCGACUCGCUUGGAGCAUAUGUGAUUUCAAUGGCCUCCAAUGCCAGUGAUGUCCUCGCUGUCGAGUUGUUGCAGAAGGACGCGAGGCUAACAGUUAGUGGGGAUCUCGGAAGGGAAUGUCCCGGUGGAACGUUAAGAGUUGUUCCCUUGUUCGAGACGGUGAAGGAUCUUCGAGAAGCAGGUUCGGCGAUCAGGAAGUUGCUGGCCAUUGACUGGUACAGGGAGCAUAUCAUCAAGAACCACAACGGCCACCAAGAGGUCAUGGUGGGCUACUCUGAUUCUGGCAAGGACGCCGGCCGUUUCACGGCGGCGUGGGAGCUGUACAAGGCGCAGGAGGACGUAGUGGCGGCGUGCAACGAGCACGGCAUCAAGGUGACGCUCUUCCACGGCCGCGGCGGGAGCAUCGGGCGCGGCGGUGGGCCGACGUACCUGGCCAUCCAGUCGCAGCCCCCCGGCUCGGUGAUGGGGACGCUGCGGUCGACAGAGCAGGGCGAGAUGGUCCAGGCCAAGUUCGGGCUGCCGCAGACGGCAGUGCGGCAGCUGGAGAUCUACACGACGGCGGUGCUGCUGGCCACCCUGCGGCCACCGCAGCCGCCGCGGGACCCCAACUGGCGGCACGUCAUGGAGGAGAUCUCCCGCGCAAGCUGCGCGCACUACCGGCGCACCGUGUACGAGGACCCGGCCUUCGUCACCUACUUCCAGGAGGCGACGCCGCAGGCGGAGCUGGGCUACCUCAACAUCGGCAGCCGCCCGGCAAAGCGCAAGGCGGCGAUCACGGCCGCCGGCGGCAUCGCCAGCCUGCGCGCCAUCCCGUGGGUAUUCGCGUGGACGCAGACGCGGCUGGCGCUGCCGGCGUGGCUGGGCGUCGGCACGGGGCUCCAGGACGCGCGCGACAAGGGCCGCACCGAGGACCUCCGGGCCAUGUACGAGGAGUGGCCCUUCUUCCAGUCCACGCUCGACCUCAUCGAGAUGGUGGUGGCCAAGGCCGACGCGCCCAUGGCCAAGCACUACGACGACGUGCUCGUGCUGUCGCCGGAGCGGCGCGCGCUCGGGGAGGAGCUGCGGCGGGAGUUGGCCAGGGCGGGGAGCUGUGUGCUGGCCGUCAGCGGGCACACCAAGCUGUCGGCCAACAACCGGAGCCUGAGGAGGCUGAUCGAGAGCCGGCUGCCGUACCUCAACCCCAUGAACAUGCUGCAGGUGGAGGUGCUGCGCCGGCUGCGCCGAGACGACGACAACCACAAGCUCCGUGACGUGCUGCUCAUCACCAUCAACGGCAUCGCCGCGGGGAUGCGCAACACCGGCUGA